GAAAAGUCUACGUGGGGAAGAAAGGUUGGUCUGCCUGUGUUUGAAUACCUUUCACACAAACGGCGCUCAUGUCCAAUCCAGGUCGGUUCUGGUCCCGGUCCAACCAGUCUUCCUCCUCCCCCGUUAGUCAAAUGGACGUCUUCCGUUGCACCCGGAGCCUAUAAAUGAGCGGGAGCGCCGACGGCAGGCUGUAAUGCUGCGCCGGGCGCGGCAGUCUUUCCGGCAGGUGCUGCUUCUGAUGGCCCGGAGACCGGAUCUACUCUGCGGGGCUGUCUUGCUCAGCGUCCUGCUCGUGCUGGCGGUUAAGUUCACGUGCAGUCGUGCUAAGAAUGUGGUGGCAGCAGCUCGGCCCCCUGUGCGGUUCUUCUCUGCCGACGCCCCAGUAGUGGACCUGUACUUGGGUCAGCUAGACCAGGUGGAGCGUCUCAGGAGCAUGGCCGAGGUGUCUCUGAUCUUCCUCUACGCCCCGUGGUGUGCCCACUCCAUGGCUGCUCGACAGGAAGUGCAGCAGGUGGCGAAGACGCUGGCCAGACAGGUGCAGUUUGUGGCUGUUAACUGCUGGUGGAAUCAGGGGAAAUGCAGGAAGCAGAACCGCCUGUAUCAGUACCCCGUCAUCCAUCUGUUUUAUAGAAGGCUUGGGCCGAUCGAGUAUAAAGGUCCAUUUCUGGCUCCAUAUAUUGAAAGUUUUAUCCUUAAAGUCAUCACACCACUGACUUACCUCCCAUCCAGAACGCACCUGGAGGAGUUCCUCUCAUGUCAUGAGCCUCGUGUGGUGGGUUUCUUCCUGUUUAAUUCCUCUCCUCAGCCUCCAGGGUACAUCACGUAUCUGUCUUCUGCCCUGCAGGCUCUAAGAAGAGAUUUUCAUGGUGUAGUGCGUUUUGGGAUUGUGACGAGCAGACAUGUGGCAGAGGCUCUGUCACUUGGAGAGGAAGAAACUAUUUACCUGCACAGAAGAUUUAACUCUUCGUUGAUUUUCCCCAGAAAGCAGCGAAACUUUACAUCCGAGGCUGUCUGUAGCUGGGUGUUUGAACACCGUGAGAUUGUUCUCCAGUGGCUGCAGCCUCCAGGAACAAAGUCUUACCUGCUGGAGCAGGAGCUGACCAAAGGCCCUGCUCUUCUGCUGUUUGUGCCUCACAAUCCACUGGGCUCUGAGCCAAGUCCCAUACUACAGCAGGUUGCAGACGUUGCCGUGCGAUAUCAUUCCUGCAACCGCUCCAGCCUGAACUACAGUUUCACCUCUCGCUCGCUCUGCUGCCAGUCGGUCGUUCUCCCUGAGCUGAGGACAAACGUGUGUGAGGUUUGCCUCAACGCGUCCUGGCCGAGCCUCCCCACCUCCUCCAUUCGCUGCUCAUUUCCUUCGUUUCAGACUAGUAUUAAACACUGCUGCCUCCAGCGACCUCCUACUCCCAUCUCCAUAAACACCAGGACUUCAGUGGGCUGUAACAAUUUCCUGAACAGCUACAGUCCAUUUACUCAGUUCAGUGCCUGCUGCAGAAAAGUAGAACCUCAACUCAUCGAGUUAAAAGCCAAAGAGGAGCCAGAGAUGCCAAGAGUUAACCCAACACCUUUUUCCUCCAACCCUCCAUCCUCUGCUCCUCAGCAGGAGGAAGGCAGUAUCACAGGACUAAGCUGUCAGACUAACAGGACGCUCAGGUUUUAUCUUCUGGAUAUUGCUCUCAACUGGCCUCUGGCCGUGAGGCUCGGAGCACCUGGCAACAGAAACUCUUCUCUGGGCCGAGAUGCUUCACCACUAAGCGAUGGGAGCGGCGACGGGUCAUUUGUAGCUAUUGUCAACUUGAAGGAUGAAGUUCAUUAUGUUCUUCACCGCAGCCCAGCAGCCACACUGGCCGAGUCUCUGGAGGCCUUCAUUAGGAACUUCAGCGCUCCGUUCAGCCUCCUGCAGAGACAUUUGGUAGGGGUGGAAGACAGGAGGCAAGGUGGAGAUGAAGCCAAGCAUCCAGACGAGCCCCAGCACUCUCCCUCACAUCUCUUCAUCACAGAGUUGACCACUUCCUCCUUCCUGCCCUCCAUCAUGGACCAUCAAAAGGAUGUGUUGCUGUUCUACUAUACCCAGUGGUGUGGGUUCUGCUCCGUUUUGAACCACGUCAUCAUCCGGCUGGCCAGAUUACUGCAGGGAAACCGCACCAUCACCGUGGCCAGGGUGAACGUGGCACGCAACGACCUUCCCUGGGAGUUCAUGGUGGAUCAUGUUCCCUCCAUCCUUCUGUUUCCCAGAUACAGAAAACACCUUAGUGUGAAGUUUCCAGAAGAGCUUCCGGUCACAUUACCCAAUCUCCUUCGCUUCAUCCUGAAGCAUUCUGACUCUUUACGUCAUGAAGACAAACCAGAUGAGGCACAGAGGAAAGGAGCCAGUGCCGUCCUCCACGCAGAAUUUCUGGCUCUCCAACGAGAAGUUCAAACUCUACAUCUCGCCCGCGAGCGUCUCUCCCAACAGCUGGCGCAGCUUUGGCGCGAUUACCGACAACUGAAAUUUGACAAACGCAGCAUUGAGGAAAGCUUGGAGAAGCAGCUCCAGGAGAAAAGCCAGCAGCUGGCGGAAGCUUUGAGGCGGCUGGAGGAGCUGGUGGACACAUCUGAAACCCUGCUGAAUGAGAACACACUACUCAGGAUCCUUCUGAAGGCGCUGAAGGACAGGACACAGGCUACGGAGCAGACUAAGGAGGAAACAAAACAGACAGAACAGAAAAAAGGCCAAAUGACCUCAUGAAGGGAACAGAAACAAAGCCUGGAAGUGAAGGAAAGAGGGGGGAGGAGAAAAAGCUGUGAUUGGACGAGUAAAACCCAAAUAAAAAAGAGCAGAUUUCUGUUUGGGCGGGGUGAGGACCUGAUCAAUGUCACGGGGGGAAAAAUCCUACAAAGUGCUUUGGAAGCGCUCAUGGAAGCAUGCUAGUUUUGGAAAUUCAAACCUAUCUGCACUUUUCUGUUCUGAUGCUGCACCCCCCCCCCCCGCAUUAUUAGAAACCUAAGUGCAUCAAAUCAACACUACGACAGUCGUGCCACAAAAUAAGUCUGUUCUCAGAUUUGUUUGAAUUUUGGAAACAUAUUUUUUUAGUGAAGGUGUCUACAGUGAGCGUACUUAACUAAAAUGUUGGUGAAAAAAAGGAUCUUUAAUUAUUAGAAAUGUGGGGCACAAAUGAGUUUUUUCUUAAUAUUUCUGUUGUGUUAAAUGAAGUUUUGGGCUUCUUUCAAAAGCAAAUAAAUAUACUCACUGAGGAUUAAAAUGCAUACAGAUACUUUUAUUUUGAAAAUUCCACAUCAUGUCAACUUUAUAUUGGUUAUAAUGAACGUUGAAAGCAGUUCGCUGCAUGCUUUUAUCAGUUUUAUCACUAAUGAUUGGAAUCAUUUACACUCAUGCUUGGAUUAUUUUGGUGAAUUUUCCUUUUUCAUUAUCCAGCACUCUGCACAGGCUUUCUCUUAAAAAUUUAAUCAUUUGCAGGAGAUGGAAAAAAAGGCUUAUUUUGCUUUUAAAUGAAUCAGGAGAGCUUUUGAACAAAGAAAAGUAAAUUGACUGUUUUAGGAGCACUUAAAAUAUUUCAGAUUUUUUUUAUGAAGGGGUUUUAAUGAUGAGUUUGUUACACUGAUUUUACAAACAUUCGAGUCACUAAAAUAUUUCUAUGUAACUAUUCAGGUAUUAAGAUUGAACUGCUGCAGGUGUGUUUACAUGUGAAAUAUUGCACCACUUUUUCUGAUAAAAAAUCUUUUCGUAUUUCAGU